AUGCUCGGUCUCCCCGCCUCGGGUCGCGGUUCACCAGCCUCGUUUGCGGACCUCUGCACGGCGCGUUCGGUCCCUGCGACACUCCUUAGUGGUGACCCCGGUAGCGCAACCACUGCAGUGCUUCUCGCUAAGCAGCAGCCUGACUCGCCCAUCUCGCCGGGGGAGACGAACCCGCUCGUCAACCACUUGAGCACGGGCGAGAGCCCGCUCUCCGGUGAUGUGUCCAACAGCCUUACCCGCGCGCCGAGCAGUACCCACGGCGACAACGGUCUUCUGCAUGUACCGUUCAAUGACGCCGCUGUUGGCGCAUACGGCGCGGGUGCAUAUGGUCAGGUCAACCGCUUCGCUGGCACGCGCCUCGAGGAACUCAUCGGCAAGAUCCCCAACCUGUGCAAAGGCCAGCACGGUUGUCGCUACCUGCAGAAGAAGCUCGCAGAAGGCAUCCCGGAGCACUUAGUCUCCUUCGCAAACGGGAAUGAUGCGGUGGAGGGAGAAGAUCAUUUCCGGAGCACCGCAACAGCAUCUUCCGCGGGACCUUCGGCCACAUCGCAGACCUCAAUGAGAUCACCUACAAUGCCCUUACGCUUGUACGGAAUCUCUUCGCCGACUACGUCGUACCAUAUAUUGUCGACCUCAACGAUAUCCGCUUCUCCGGCGCCGUCAUCCGCCAGUCCCAAGACAAUGUCUGCGCCUUCUCCGUCCAGAAAUGCUCAUCAAGGAGCUCUUGAACCGCACGCGCCUCGAAAAGCUCCUGCACGAUUCGUACGGCGACUACUGCGUCCAGUCGCUCUCGACUAUGCCGAGCCUGGCCAGCGUGCGCCUCCCGUCGAGGGCAUCCGCCUGGUCCUCCCGCUCAUCCGGCACACGACAUACGGAAAGUGUAUCCAGAACAUGCUCCAGCGCAAGCAGAUGGAUCACUACGUCUCCAUCGGGGGCUACCCUGCAACGGCUCAGCAGAACCUCGUCAACGUGGCGGCGCUGCAAACCCACGGCCUCGAUCAUGCACUUGACCCGCGUACGCUGCGCCCACGCACGUGUACGGCCAGCAACACCUGCAGGCGCAUCUCGCGCGCGGCGUCGACGCCUACGCCCUCCAAGGCCAUUCGAGCCAUACAUCCGCUGCCGCUGGUCAAUACGGCGCCGACUACAACGGGAUGGGUGUCGCGGCAUACCCUCAAGUGA